AUCUUCCUUCUUCCUUUUUAAACGAAUGAAAACAUAACGCAAAAAGACCUUUUAUAACUCAAGUUUUAAGCACAGAACCGCAUGAACUCACUACAGAAAAGAUGACUUCACAAGCCCUUUUACUGUUUUUCGUUGUUACUGCAUUUUUCGUGUUAAUAGCCGAAGGGACUGAAUAUGAACAUAAGUCAAACGAGGAGCAGUUGCUAGAGAAAAUAUCUAGUUUAGAAGUUAAAGUAGGAAUACUUGAGAAUCAAGAUGAAAUGAGGAGCAAGGUUAUAAAAGAUGUAAUUGCAAAGGAAAUCGCUGAAAUAAAGACGGCGCUGGAACCACUUAACGAGAAACACCGGAAGCUGUCAGAGGAUGUUGCAAAUCUGAAAGCGGAAAAGUUUAACAAGACGGUGGAGUCCACACGUGCAGUAGGGAACGGUACUGGUCAAAUUAUUGCCUUCAGUGCAUACGAUCCUACUUCUAAAACCUUCAGUACAGGACAAACCUUUGUGUUUAGGAGCGUUGAUUUUAAUGAAGGUAACGGCUACAAUUCUUUAAGCGGUGAGUUCACAGCACCAGCAGGCGGUUUAUAUCAGUUUUCAGUUCACGUGUGCAAUGGCGAAGGGAAACACGUAGCUUCAGCUAUUGUCCAUGACGGUACUUACGUCGCAUACAGUGUCCAAUAUCAACCCUCGGGAAGCAGCUGCAGUUCAGUAAACGCAUUGCUUAUGAUGACACCGGGUCAGAAAGUCGUUGCUAAGUGCACUCACCCUACUAAGUUGUUAGAAGAUCAGUGUCGUCGUGCAACAUUCAUGGGUAUUCUUAUUCAUAAAACAGCCUAGCUGUAGACAUAUCAGUUUUCAGUUUUGACUGAUUUUUUAACAAAACUUUUCAAGUGUUGUCACAUGUGUAGCAAGUUUACAAUAGACUUUUAGAUAAGAUUUAGAAUGCGUUCACCAAUGUGUGACCGCAUCGCCGUUUAUACAGUAUCAAACAGCAGGCAAUUGUUUAACAUUUCAAUACUUUUGCACAAAAAUGCAUAUUGUAUAAGAACAAUGAGACAAUAAAAAUAUUUCAGAAGUA